GUCAAAUCCUUCCUCUUUCUAUUCAUCCACGCAGAUCCGAGAUACGUUCGUCAGGCUGCUACAAUCCAACAAAUUUGCUCCCAGUUUUGAAUAAGCAAUCACAAAUCAGUCAAUAUGAUUUGGUAUCAAAAAUAUUCAAGACAGCUGAAUUUAAUUUUUCUGCUCGCUGCAUCAGGAGUGUUUCCUACAGCAAGUGGAGAAAAUGUAGCGAUGGUUUACAGCGAACUUGGGACAUCAGCUUUUUUAAGUACUCCGAGUAAAAUUUCCUUUGCUUUUAAUGAGAUUAAGUGGUCUAAAGGAAAUCUGAUGGUUGCGCGGUACAAAGGUGACUCCAAAGCGUAUGGAAAUUUUACUGGAAGAGUAGAAGUUUUCCAAAAUGCCACUCUGAAAUUUAACUCCACAACAGAAACUGAUGAAGGAACGUACCUCUGUGAAAUGUAUAAAAAUGAUGGAAAAAAAGAAUAUGUCCAACAUUUUAAAUUGUCUUUGCUUGUGAAAGUCUCAAAGCCCGCCUUGAAUAUUAGCUGUAACUCUCCAAAAGAAGUUAAUAUAAUCUGCAGCGUGGAGAAUGGAACAAAUGUCAGCUUAACAUUACAUGAUGACUCACUGCAUCAAACAGUCCAAGGCCAUCAUUUAACGAAGAUAUUUUCUUUUAAAAGGACAGGAAAUAGGUCCUAUUUUUGCAUUGCUAAAAAUAAAAUUAGUGAAGCUAAGACUGUGAAAAUGCAUCAUUGCGCAGAUAAUGAAACUCCAAUAGAUUACAUUAAAAUUAUGAUACUAGCAGGAAUAAUAGCAGUGGCAAUGAUCAUAUCAUUUCUCCUUAUUUGUUUAAUUCGAAAAUGUCGAUCGCAAAGGCAAAGACGAGUCUCAAAGCUAACCCCAUCCCAAAAUGAAUGGAAAGAACCCACAGAAAUAAAUUAUGUGAAUCAACCAAUGCCAUCAACACCAGAUCCGAGAGAACACCAUGUGGAAUAUAGCAAUCCACAUCCACGACCAAGACCCCAAAUAGCCCAGAAAGGUGGAGAGAGAAUGUAUGAAGAAAAGGGAGCGUAUAGAGCAGAAAGAACACAUGGAGGCAGGAGGGGCCCAAGAGAAGAGAGGAGCCCAAGAGGAGGGACAACACCAAGAGAAAAGGCACAUCAGGGAGAUGCAACACAGAGAGGGGGGAGAGCACCAAAAAUGGAAACUAAAGAGCCCAGAGGAGGGAGAGGACCACUGCCUAAGCCACCUGAAUGAGCCAUUAACUUUGAUUUAAAAAAUUACUUCAAAAAUAUUUUUUACAUUGAAAAUAUGCAAAAUGAAAAUUAUUAUUUCCUCAAAUUCAGCAAGCUGUCUUUGGGCUUACUUCCUAUAGGAUUGGACCGCAAUUUUUGUAGAUCACAAAUAUGAAAGAAUUGUUUGCACAACAACCUUCAUUUACAAAUGAAUAUUUAAACAGUACUUCUAUAACUGCCUUUCAAACUUUAAGACUUUUUACUAAGCGUACACAUAUAUAAAUGGUAAGGGGGUUGCAUUUGCUAAGAUGUUUCGUUGCAGUAAUUGUUAUCAAUCACUUGGAUUUUUGUUAUUAAAUUCAUUUUUAUAUAUUUUUAUUAGGAAUUAAAACAGAUUAAAAUAUUUUAAAUAAAACCAGAAAAUGCUGGAGGAGUUUUGACAAAAGGUCACCCAAUCUAUGUUGGGAUUCUCCAAUGAGAACAUUGUGUUGUGCAAUACCUUAAAUUGGAAGAAGUCCAAGGGAACCUCUGCUUCACCUGGAAGGAGUGUUUGGUUGCUGGAUGGUGGGAAGAGGUAAACGGCUGGGUUUUGCAUUUUCUGCAGUUGCAUAGGAAGAUGAAGAAGGAAACUGUGUGUUGGUGGAGAUGGAAGAGUGAACCAUGGAGUAACUAAGGGGACUGUCCCUUUGGUAUGCUGAGAGUGGAGGGGAGAAAGUGUUUCAAGUGUCACCUUGUUGGAGGUAGUGAAAAUUAUGGAGGGUGAUCUGUUGAAUGUGGAAGCUGGUGGGUUGGAAGGUUAGGAUAAGAACACUAUCCUUACUCAGUAUGGGAGGAUAGGAGAUGAAAGAAAAAGUGCAAGUAACGGAACAGAGAGGAUAAGAGCCGUGUCAAUAAUGGUAGAGGGGAAGAAAUAGUUAAGGAGAAAGCUAUCACAGAACCACUGAUGUGGCAAGUGUUAUCAUCAGAACAGAUAGGAUGGAGAUGGAGACACUGGAAGAAUGAAAUGGAGCACUUUCCGAAAGCAGGGAAGAGGUAUAGUUGAGAUGGAUGUGAGAUCCUGUGACUUGUUGUGGAUAUUGGUUACUAACUCUACAACCUUAGAUGCUGAUAAUGAAAUCAUGAAAGCAAAGGGAAGUGUCGGGAGUAGAUCAUAGCAAAGUGAGAGCAGAGUAGAAAUUGCCAGCAAAGGUAAUGAAACUUUGAGUUCAGCAGAAGAACAAGAAGGACCAGCAAUGCAGUCAUCAAUGUACUGGAAAAAGGUGAGAGGCAGGAGCUUGAGUAAGACUGAAGCAAGGACUUCCAUAUAUCCUGCACACAUCAGGAAUAACUUGGAAGUACACAGAUUCCUGUUGUUACACAUUUGAUUUGGAGAAAGUGAGUGGAGUUAAAGGGGGAGUUGUUCAAUGUGCAAAAGGUUUCAGCCAGACAAAGGAGGCUGGUGGCUGAGGGCGACAGUUCUUUGUUUCCUUUGAACGACCUGAUUCCACAUCCAUAUAAUUAAAUCUACACUUUUCAACUUGACUGUAAACUGAGUAAUUCUUUCCACUUUUGUAUUUUUCUACUGGUGAAAGUGGGGUUUGAAUUCUCCUGGUGAAUAACUCUCAUGUAUUUGUCACCAUUCAUUUCUCCGUUACUUGACAUGAGACUUAUAUUAAUAUGGAUUCUUUUACGAAAGAAAUCCUUCAUGCAAAUUUCUAUGAUAUGGUAUUUUAUCAAAGUACUUUUCUUUCCAGUGGUCAUGUGGCACAGUUUACAGCUUCUACAGGUGCAUCCCAGCCAGCCCAAAACUGUGCCCAAGCAUAGUAAACCCAGCUGUAACUAACUUCUUAUUGUAACAGAUGAAAUUUGGUGUUUGGGUUGACACAAUAGUUGGCAGCUGUGUUAUUGUUAUGUUUUACUGGCUACCUUCCAGCCCUCAUUCUCCCACUUCCAGAGUCAUAGAGUACUACACAGAAACAGGCCCUUCGGCCCAUCUAGUCCAUGCCAGCCUGGUUUUCUGCCUAGUCCUAUCUACCUGCACCCGGACCAUAGCCCUCCAUACCUCUCUCAUUCAUGUACCUAUCCAAACUUCUCUUAAAUGUUACAAUUGAACCCACAUCCACCACUUCUGCUGGCAGCUCAUUCCACACUUGCACCACCCUCUGAGUGAAGUAGUUCUCUCUCUAAAAGCACUGUAA